GGCUCUUCACUAGUUUUUUAUCAUCCCCAAAAAACGCUCCGGCGUUCCGAAAAAUAAGUAAAAAUUCAUCCUCACAGGAAUAUGGUUCGCGGAGCUCUUCGAGGGGGACGCCCCAUGCGUGGGGGCAUCCGGCCACCGUUCAAGAAGACUUUCGUGCCCCGUCAUCCGUUCGACUUGACCCUAGCAGAGGUGUUCUUCCCCAAAGUGCCGCAAGCCGGUACUGUUGACGAUUCUGCCUUGACAGCGGCUCUUCUGAAGCGCAACCAGGACUUGAGCCCAACUCCCACCGAACAGACAGCUAUUGGUAACCUGGUUACCAAGGUCCAGGCGGUGUUGGACAAUCUUGUUUUGGCUCCUGGUGAUCUCACUACUUGUCAAUUGGAGGAGGUUCGCCAGGUGGGCUCAUUUAAGAAAGGCACCAUUCUUACCGGCAAUAAUGUGGCCGAUAUUGUGGUCAUUCUCAAAACACUGCCUACCAAGGAGGCCGUUGAUGCCUUGGCUAAGAAGGUGGAGACCGAUUUGAAGGCUAGCAUGAAGACUGAAGUGCUGACCAAAGGCGACCAGCACACGAUUCAGACACACGAGCGCGGCUUCGAUAUUGCCAACAUGCACGCCAAAGUGCGUAUAAUGAUUGCCACUUUGCCGCAGAACUUGCGCAAGUUGGAGCCGGAGAUCCAUAUGGACCACAAGCUAAUGCAGAGCCACCUGGCUGCCAUUCGCCACACCCGGUGGUUCGAGGAAAACGCUCACCACUCUUCAAUUAAGGUAUUAAUCCGCAUACUUAAAGAUCUGACCCGACGCUUUGAUGCAUUCUCGCCACUCUCCGCCUGGAUGCUCGACCUGAUCGCCCACUUGGCCAUCAUGAACAACCCGUCGCGCCAAGCACUGCCAAUCAACCUCGCCUUCCGUCGCGUCUUCCAGCUGCUCUCUGCCGGGUUAUUCUUGCCAGGUUCUGCUGGUAUUACUGACCCAACCGAACCGGGGCACAUCAGGGUGCACACAGCCAUGACGCUGGAGCAGCAGGAUGUGUGCUGCUACACCGCCCAGACGUUGCUGCGUGUUCUGGCCCACGGGGGGUACAAGCACAUCCUGGGCAUCGAGGGAAACACAAGCAUCGUGCGUGAGAUGUCCGUCUGGAACGGUGUCUGCGUCUCCCCGCUGAACCCCGUUUACGAAAAACCCACAGACAAAAAAGAAGGCGAUCUUGAGGAGGACAUUGACAUGAUUGAAAAUGAAAACGAGGACGAUGGCAGCGAUGAUGGAGCCGAAUAAAGCAAUGCUGCUUAUAUAUGUUCAUAUUUAUUUCACUAUGCACUUCAUGUAGUUGCAAAAUCUCAUGCCCUAAAUAAAUAGCAUACUCCCAGUUAUGGGUUCAUCCUCACCAA